UGGCUUUUAAGCCCCUUCUUGGGGAGAUUAUAUAUUAAAAAAAAAAAAAAAACCUACCACCAAAAACAAACACCCCAUUAUAAGGCAAAGCUUUAUUGAAGACCUCUUUGCAGGGCUGCUGAGAAGGGCUCUAUGAGAAAAGUGUUCUUUAAACCCUCAGGUUGUGAUAUAAGUGGUUUCUGAUAGUUGUGUGUGUGUGUGUGUGUGUGUGUGUGUGUGUGUGUGUUACACAUGUAAAGAUUAACCUAUUUACCAAAUUGAAAACAAAAGUCUUAUAAUGGUGGGGCCCUGGUGGCACAGUGGUUAAGCAUUUGGCUGCUAACCAAACGGUUGGCAGUUCAAAUCCACCAGCUGCUCCUUGGAAACACUAUGGAGCAGUUCUACUCUGUCCUAUAGGGUCUCUAUGAGUCAGAAUUGACUAGAUGGCAAUGGGUUUUUGGUUUUUAUCAUAAUGGUACAAGUAGAGUGCAUGUUAAAGGUAUAGAAUAAUAAGAUUCUGAGGCAAAUUACAUGAAGAUCACCAUUUCCUGUUUAUGUGGAACAAGAGAACAUUGAAAUCUUUUUUCUUACCACUCUGCAAGAACUUCAUGGUGGAGUAGAAAUUCCAAGAACUAUGGGUCUAACAGAAUGUUCCCAACUUUCUCCCCAUCAGUUGCUUUCACCAUUGCUGAUGAUGAAAGGAUUGUUGGGGGCUAUACCUGUCAGAAGAAUUCCCUCCCCUACCAGGUGUCCCUGAACUCGGGGGGCAAUCACUUCUGUGGCGGCUCUCUCAUCAGUGACCAGUGGGUGGUAUCUGCGGCUCACUGCUACAAGCCCCAAAUCCAGGUGCGUCUUGGAGAACACAAUAUUCAGGUCCUUGAGGGCACUGAGCAGUUCAUUAAUGCAACCAAGAUCAUCCUCCACCCCAAGUACAACUCAACUGAAUAUGAUAAUGACAUCAUGUUGAUUAAACUGAGCUCCCCUGCUACCAUCAACUCUUGGGUGUCCAAUGUCUCUCUGCCAACAUCCUGCGCCGCUGCUCACACCCAGUGCCUCACCUCUGGAUGGGGCAACACUAAAAUCAUUGGCUCCAACUACCCAGACCUCUUGCAAUGUCUGGAAGCCCCAAUCCUGUCUGACUUUGUCUGCCACAUUGCUUACCCAGGCCGUAUCACCAGCAAUAUGAUAUGUGUGGGCUUCCUGAAAGGUGGCAAGGACUCUUGCCAGGGUGACUCUGGUGGCCCCGUGGUCUGCAAUGGAGAGCUUCAGGGUAUUGUCUCCUGGGGCUACGGCUGUGCUCUGAUAGGCAAACCUGGUGUCUACACCAAAGUCUGCAACUAUGUGAGCUGGAUUCAGGAGACCAUUGCUGCCAACUAGACAUCUGUACCUUUCCAUGAAUCCCCUGCUAGUCAACCCCAUCUUCAUCCCAUCUAAAUAAACAGUAUCUAAAUAAAACAUUCCAUUAUGCACCACACAUCAGUCUACGAGUG